UUAUCAGCAUACAUCAGCAACCAGGCGAGAAAUUAAAAACCUACAUGGCACGCUUCAGCAAGAUGGCGGUGCAGUUGGAGGAUGAAAAUCCAGAUGUCUGUUUGGCGUCAUUCAAAAAUGGCCUUCGGGCGGGAGAUUUAAAUAGAGACUUAACAAGGCGACCGGCGAAGGAUAUGAUGGAUCUUCGCGCUCGUGUUCAAGAGUUCAUAUUGAUCGAGCAAGAUGAUCAGAAGAAACAAGAAAGAGAGGAAGGACGCAAGCAGUCUCAAUCUGGCGGUGUUUCACAGGACAAAUCUAAGGCGGGGAAGGAAACCAGGAUAGCGCAAACCCCCCGUGUACCAAGACCGGGACCAUACCAAAACUCUAAACCUGGCUUUCAAAAUACAUGGCACAGAAAUUCACAAGGUCCCACUGCUGCCACAGCUGGUCAGCCUGGUGCUUCGCCAACGCCAGUCCCACUUACUAAGUUGAAUGCACCCUUCAGUACCAUUUUAAGGGCGGUUGGGCAGACCAACGUUGUGCAGUACCCACCACCCCCACGGCGGCCGCCAGCUAACGUGGACACCAAUAGGUGGUGCGAGUACCACAAGGCGUUGGGGCAUACGACAGAUAAUUGCUGGAAUUUAAGGCGGGAAAUUGAUCGCUUGAUUAAAGCUGGCCAUUUGGCAAACUUUGUUAAAGACACAGCAGCGCCGGAGGUAGCUAAAAUCACUCAAGGGGACAAAGGCAAAGGUAAAGAGAUAGUUGAAGAGUUGGGCGAUCCUGUUGGGGAAUGCUCAUCUAUUGCAGGAGGAUUUGGCGGGGGUGCAAUUUCAAGUAAGGCUAGAAAACGCUACGUGGCGGCAGUACACUCAGUACAGGAGUCGAACGAAGGCGAGUGUUGGGUGAAUCAUUCCCCUAUUAUAUUUACCCCUCAGGAUUUCGCGCAUGUAAUUCCCCAUGACAACGAUCCAAUUGUGGUAACAAUUAGGGUUAACAAUUAUGUGACAAAGAAAGUAUUCUUAGACCAGGGAUCUUCGGCGGAUAUCAUCUAUGGAGACGCCUUUGAUCGCCUGGGACUAAAGGAAUCAGAUUUGAAACCAUACAGGGGAACUUUGGUGGGAUUCACAGGAGACCGUGUCAGUGUGCGGGGAUACGUCGAAAUUCCGACUGCCUUUGGAGAAGGAGAGUUUGUCAAGAAGUUUCAAGUAAAGUACUUAGUAUUGGCGUGUAGAGCCAAUUACAACGUACUCUUGGGGCGAGACACCCUCAACAAGGUCUGCGCGGUCAUCUCAACUGCUCAUUUAACUGUUAAAUAUCCCGCCUGCAACGGGAAGGUCGGGAUAUUGCGUGUAGACCAGAAUGCAGCAAGGGAAUGCUAUUUGAGAAGCGUGGCGCUCUAUGGGCGAAAGGCCGCCAAGGAGAGCCAUCGAAUUACAGAAAUCUUCCCACAAGAAGGAUUUAGCUUGGACCCAAGAGAUGAUGCUGAUGAUUUUCGCCCACAACCGCUGGAAGAAACCAAGCAGGUGCAAGUCAAGGACAAGUUUCUAAAGAUUGGCAGUGGUUUGACAACAGAACAAGAGGACAGACUAAUCACCCUUCUGGGUGAUAAUCUAGAUCUCUUCGCAUGGACCAUCAAUGAUGUACCAGGGAUUGAUCCCAAGGUGAUCACUCACAAACUAGCCAUACGACCAGGGGCGACCCCGGUCAUCCAACCAAGGCGAAGAAUGAGUGAAGAAAAGAACAAGGCUGUACAAUUAGAGACUGAAAAAUUGAUCAAGGCCCGCUUCAUCCGUGAGGUACAGUACCCAACGUGGCUCGCCAAUGUUGUAAUGGUCAAGAAGGCCAAUGGGAAAUGGCGAAUGUGCACGGACUACACGAGCCUGAACAAAGUGUGUCCCAAAGAUUCGUACCCACUUCCCAAUGUUGAUAAGCUUGUGGAUGGAGCUUCAGGGAAUGAACUUUUAAGUCUCAUGGACGCUUAUUCGGGCUAUAAUCAGAUUAUGAUGCAUCCCUCGGAUGAGGAAAGUACAGCAUUUAUGACCAAUCAGGCGAACUAUUGUUACAAGACAAUGCCUUUUGGUUUGAAGAAUGCAGGAGCUACGUACCAACGACUCAUGGACAAAAUUUUUUCAAAGCAAGUAGGCAGGAAUAUGGAGGUGUAUGUGGAUGACAUGAUUGUAAAAUCCGCCAGGGCUAGUGAUCAUGGUGGCGACCUUAAAGAAGCGUUUGAUCAGUUAAGAACAUAUCAAAUGAAGUUGAAUCCUGAGAAGUGUUCUUUUGGGAUCCAGGGAGGAAAGUUCUUAGGAUUUAUGUUAACAUCAAGAGGAAUAGAAGUGAACCCAGAUAAGGGAAGGGCGAUCUUGGAGAUGAAAAGCCCAACAAGUGUAAAGGAGGUUCAGCGUUUGAGAUGUGGGGAUGAUAGUCAUGCAUGGAUGGAUGGAUGGAUGGUUGAUGGUAUGAAUAUCAUAUGGAGUACAUGGUACAUCUUGACUCGUAAGGAUGAGAAUAGAAGUAUGAACUGUCAAAAAAUAUUUAUUGGGAAAGACAAUUACAAUUUCUAA